AGGCUCUCACAAGCUCCCGCCUCCCGGUCGUCGAUGCACGAGACUGUUGAAUAUUCAAAGUGGUGCUCCGAGAGACCGAGACAGCCCCUACUACUACUAAGCACUACUACUUAUGAUCCGAACCCAAGCGCGAUAUACUGUCGUAUCUAGUCCAUUCGGAUCUCUCUUUUGGAACACUUUUAAUCAUUGCCCCGUCUACUCGAGGGAACCGCCGCUGAUGUGAUAUCGAAGUCCUCGUGCCUGUGGACCUGUACCAACUACCAGAGUUGGAACGUUCACACCGGUGGAAGAGGAUGCACCCCGUCUAAACCUACCGUGGUCACCGUCCUCGACCCCGAUCGGGUCCUUUUUGGACAGCCGCCAACAUGAUUCGGUAUCGACGAUAUCGAGCCGUCCUCGUCCUUGCGGGUAUCGUGGUUUUCCUCCUGUAUAACCUCAGCGCGAAGUCAUCCUGGAAAUCGGUCACACACGUCGCCGAGUCAGGAAGCGGUCACUUGAGCAAAUCCGAUCCAGACAAGCAGUGGCCGGCAGCGGAUACAAACGGUGGAGAUGGCGCAGGAUUGGAUGAUGGAGUACACAAUGACGAGUCCAUCCGACGAAUCCCUCCCGCGGAAGAAGUUGAGAAGCCCGCCCAGAAACCCUCACCCUCGAAGACCGCCCCAUCCAAAACAAAGACCUCCCCUUCCGCAGCAAGCGACAACAAUCCCUACGUCGGAGGUGCGUUACCGCCCAUCGAAGAUGUCCUGCUCGAGCAUAGCGCCGGCCGCUUCGACGUCGAGCCACUUUCCAUUCCGUCGCCCAUCUUCUGGGCCCGGCAACCGGAGCACUUCCCCGUCCAGUCGACGAUCCCGCUGCCUUCUGGCACGCCGAAAGCGAUCCCAAAGAUCCAAUUCGAAUUCAAGGAGGAGUCGGCCAAAGCGAAGACCCGGCGAGAGGAACGGCUUGCGAUGAUCCAGGACUCGAUGGCGCAUGCGUGGCGCGGGUACAAAGCCACAGGAUGGGGUCACGAUGAGAUCAGGCCCGUAUCGGGGAAGAAAAAAGAUCCGUUCAAUGGGUGGGGAGCGACGUUGAUCGAUUCGUUGGAUACGCUAUGGAUCAUGGGCAUGGUCGAGGAGUUCGAGGAGGGGUUGAAACACGUAGAGAAGGUCAAUUUCAAGACGUCGGAAAGGCACGAUAUCCCGGUAUUUGAGACCACCAUUCGAUAUCUCGGGGGGCUGAUUGGCGCAUAUGAUUUGAGCGAUGGGAAGUAUCCGAUUUUGUUGGAGAAGGCGGUGGAGUUGGCGGAGAUUCUAAUGGGCGUGUUUGACACGCCGAAUCGCAUGCCGGUGCCGUAUUAUCAAUGGAAGCCCGCGUUCGCAUCUCAACCACACCGAUCGACUACUAGCAUCGUGCUGGCCGAACUCGGAUCGUUGGCUGUGGAAUUCACGCGUCUUGCUCAGUUGACCAAAGAGUCGAAGUAUUAUGAUGCGAUUGCGCGGAUUACCGACGCGCUGGAUGAGUACCAAGACCGAACGCGAGUACCUGGCUUAUGGCCGACGAGAAUAGACGCAUCCGGUUGCCAGCGUCAGAGUUCCUACGGCUCAACCAGGACGGUUACUGUUCAGCGUGCAUCUACGCUCGAUGAAGAAGUCGAUGCGGAUGAGUCGGUUCGGUUGGCGCAUAGCAAUAGUAUGCAAGGCACUACAAAACCAGAAGAUACGGAUGAGAAUGGCGAAGUUCCUCUCAAGAAGCCAAUGCCAAUCAUUUUCAAGCCGAGCUUAGGGAAGAACAAAAAUCCCGCUGCCCGAGCAGCAUCUGCGGAAGAAAAUACGGCAGACGACACCUCCAAGUCAUCCGAAGGACUAUCAAAACGCCAGCUUUCAAAGAAGAUUGAGACGGUCCCGCAAUCGGGUAACACGAUCCCGGUAAGAGCAAGAGGAGGCGAAGAGCAACCGGCGACUCCUGAAUGCACUCCACAGGGGCUCGCUUCCACCUCUCAGUUCGCAACGGAAGAGUAUACCCUCGCAUCUAUGGCGGACAGCGCAUACGAAUACCUGCCCAAGAUGCACCUUCUCCUAGGCGGCCUGUCGGACCAGUACAAUAAGAUGUAUAUCAAAGCGACCGAAGCGGCCAAAGAUAAGCUCAUUUUCCGCCCCAUGCUCCCGGACGAGGACGACGUCCUCAUUUCCGGCACUUACUACGUCAGCAGCCAGAUGCAGGGCGAAGACUUGCCCCCCAAACGCACGGGGAAGCUCUACCCGGUUGGGAGCCAUCUCAACUGUUUCGUCGGCGGCAUGUUCGCCCUGGGCGGCAAGAUCUUCAAUCGCAAGGAGGAUACCGAGAUCGGCGCCAAGUUGACCGACGCAUGUAUUUGGAAUUAUCUCAGCACCACCAGCGGCAUCAUGCCCGAGACGUUCACCACCAUCCCCUGCAAAAGCACGGCGCAGUGCAAGUGGAACGAAACCCGCUGGAUGGAGAUCCUGGAUCCGUUCGCGCGGGAGCGACAGGGGAGCUACCUGCAGCAGCUCGAGACAUACCAGUCGGCGAUGAAAGGAUUCGAUGACGACGAAGGACCUGCCGAGCCGUUGGCAGUCGUGGCGUCGAACCCGACCAAUCUCCCCUACCGCGGGCAGCAGGACAAUGAUGAUGACGAGCGGCCGAGCACCGGGACGGUCAUGAAGCGAGACCCCGACUCGCAGCUUCUAGUGCCGCAAAUGGAGGACGUUGGCGGAGAAGAUCCGGCGAGCGCGAAUAAGCCAAUGAAAGGCCGGCCGUUGAUUCUGCGCCCUAGCCCGCCGAGCCCCCCGUUGAGCCACGAGGAGUACGUCCAGACUCGAGUAAGGGAGGAGCGGAUCCCGAAGGGGUAUGCCGCCAUCAUGGAUAAACGGUAUUUGCUACGACCCGAAGCCAUUGAAUCGGUCUUCUACCUUUAUCGCAUCACUGGCGAUCCGAAGUACCGGGAGGCCGGGUGGAAGAUGUUCGAGAACGUCGACCGGCGCACGCGCACGACCAUCGCCGCGUCGGCCAUCGACGAUGUCACCAAAGGGAACCCACUGCAUCGGGACGAGAUGGAAAGCUUCUGGACGGCGGAGACGUUGAAGUAUUUCUAUCUGCUGUUCGCGAAGGAGGAUGUGGUGAGUUUGGAUGAUUGGGUGUUCAACACGGAGGCGCAUCCCUUUAAGAUGCCGACGUCUCCACCAAAGUAACCCUAGAAGCGCUAAGAAGCCCCAUUGUUUUUUGUGUUGGCGAUUUUAUAUACGUGCAGAAUACCCGGUAUACUUAUUGGAUUAGGGGUACAUUGCGAGAGUCCGGAGGCCAUCUGGUCCCGUACUGCAUGAAAUAUAGCGCAUGCUAGUCUCUAAAUGAUAUUUGGAUUAAUUC